UUACCCUCUGUCUCAUCAGCUCACUAUGUUUGGUCUUUUUCUUUUUCUUUCCCUUUUCCUUUGAGCUGAAGAAAUAACCACAGAAUCACACACACACACACAAAGAGAGAGAGAGAGAGAGAGAGAGAGAGAUGAUGAUGAGCUGCAACGGGUGCCGUGUUCUGAGACGGAGAUGCGGCGAGUCGUGUAUUCUGAGGCCGUGUUUGCAGUGGAUAGAGAGCCCGCAAGCCCAAGGCCACGCCACUCUUUUUGUCUCCAAGUUCUUCGGCCGAAGCGAUCUCAUGUCCUUCAUCUCCGCCGUGCCUCACAACAACCGACCUGCUCUGUUUCAGUCCCUGUUAUUUGAAGCCUGCGGUCGUACGGUGAACCCCGUGAACGGCGCCGUGGGCCUCCUCUCCACCGGUAACUGGCACAUCUGCCAGGCCGCCGUUCAGACCGUUCUCUCCGGCGGCACUUUGCGGCCAAAUCUCACCGGAAUUCUAAACCCAGAAACCAACGAAUCUUCCAAGGCUUUUCUCGCCGAUGCAUUGAAGCUUCAGAAUCGGUACUCUGGCUUUGAUAAUGAUAGCAGUGGCACACAACUCCAAUUUUCCGAUCUCAACAUCUCUUCUGGACUGAAUUAUUACGAGCAGAAGAAGAAGCAGCAGCAAAAGGCGAUGGCAAUAUCGUUCAAUUUGGAAGAAUCAUCAGAGAUGGUGAUGAUGAGCUUUGGAGGAAAUGAUGAUUAUGGUGUGAAGAAGCUGAGAAGAGAAGAAGAGCCAAAGCUUUUGAAGCUUUUUGUAUGAACAGACCAAAUUGGUACUCAGAUUUCCGGCGAGUGUUAUAGUCCCCGGAAUUGUAAUAGACUACUCUUUUCCUUUUCUUUUGUUUUACUUUGUGGGGGAAUAAAAAUCGAAACACUUUUCGAUGCGUAGUAAGAAAUUCCGGC